AUGGCCGAUUCGAAGAAGCGAUGGACGGUAACGUACACAAAACACAUCAAACAGAAACGCAAAGUCUACCAAGACGGAUUUCUAGUGCUCAACGUUUCCACCACCAAGUUGUCGCUGUAUGAUGAAUGCGAGAAACUGUUGGAGUGUAGGCUCUUGAAGAGCGACGAAACUGUUGCAUCUGGUGAGAGUUUGACGUUUAACGGUCAUCUUGUUGAUAUUGGUAGUCUUGAAGGAGAAAACAAGCCUGAAUCUCAAUUGAAGGUUGAUAAAAAGCAAAAGAAUGUUUUCAGAUUCAGAACUCCUGAUGUCAAAGUUAAAGCGAAGGAGACUAUUCGGACACAGAAACCUCUCAGUCCAUCACAAAAAAUUAUCAAAGAAUUUAAGAAGAGAGAAAUUCUUAAGUAUCAGUCACCAAAGAUAAGUCAGGAAACACCAAAACCUAGUUCAACUGAGUGGCAAGUUCUAUACACCAGUCAAAUGACUCAGAAGGCAAAGAAGUACCAUGAUGGUUAUUUACGACUUGAUUCAUGCGGAUCUCGGGGGGCACAGGUUAGGCUGUUUGAUGCAAGCAGGACGCUCUUAGAUAGCAGGUUCCUUAAAAAAGAUGACGUAAUAAAACCCGGCGAAUCAAUUACAUUUGAUACAUAUUUGGUUGACAUUAGUGAGGAUCAAGUAAGUCAUACACCAGAUUCCAGUGUUCAGGGAAACAAUUGCACUAAUAUAAAGAGAAUAGAGAAGAUAGACAGACAGAAAACUUCUCUUGACACUGAUAGCCAUGUAACCGUUGGAAAACGUGAAUGGAAGAUCAUAUACACAACACAAUUAUCUCAAAAAGCCAAGAAGUAUCAUGACGGCUUUUUACAACUAGAGUGCUGUGGAUCCCAUGGGCGGCAGGUCAUACUGUAUGAUUUGAGCAAAAGACCUUUAGAACGCAGGUUUCUAAAGAAAGAUGAAGUUAUAGAAGCUGGUUCCAUGGUAUAUUUUGCUGGACAUUUAGUUGAUGUUGGAGAACCUGAGGGAAGUCAUCAAUCUUCAGUGAAGUUGAGUGAACGAGGGACUGGUGGUGAAAAUGUUGUUGAGAAGAGAGAACAAAGACAUGGGCAAAAGGUCCGUCGCGAGCUUCAUCCAUCUACUGCUAAAGGACAACCUUCGAGCUGGCCUUGUCUUCGGCAAGAUGCAGGCUUGAACUCUCAAUUUUCCAAGAUUGAAGAGAUCAAACCAAACAAGACAGUCCCAGUAGUCAAGCCUUUACAUGAUGGACAGCUUCCGAGCCGGGCUUGUCUUCCGCAAGAUGCAGGCUUGAACUCUCAAUCUGCGAUAAAAUCAAACAAGGCAGUCCCGUCAGUCAAGCCUUUACGUGACGUCAAUCAGAUAUUGUCCUUUUUACAAGACCCUAAGGCUAAGCCUUCUGAAUGUUAUAUCACAGGUGACCGAUCUCCCAAUAAGUCAUAUCAAAAUAUUUUGGAUAGUGAAUCAAUGGAGACUACGAUGUCUCCAGAUAUUACACCUACCAAAGCAACAUCUGGUGGCGGUAGUUUCCAGUGUAGGGAGAAUGUCAAAGUCUAUCACCAGUCCAACUCGGACAAGGAAGCUCCACAAAGUAUCAGUGAGGCAGAUUUUGACUUAUUAUUAUCAAGUCCGGAUGUUCAUUCUUCUUGCCUCGUUUCCAAUGAAGGUGAGAGUGUGGAGGAGUUUUCGCGUGAAAGGGAAGAAUUCCCAAGCUUUGACCUUGGAUUUUGA